AUCUCCAUCUCCAUCUCCAUCUCCCUUGCCACACACCAUGGCUGCCAGCAUCGAAUCCUCCCACAGUGCCACCCAGCCACUGCUCGAUCUCCAUCCGGACCUGUUCACCGUCUUGUGCCUCAACGACGGCUUCCGGCUCGCACUCGACCACAUCACCGUCAGGAACCUGUUCCUCGUGUGUAGGCGAGCCCAGCGUCUCCUGCCCUCCAAGGUGGCUCGCUUUCACGACUGGUGCAAAGGAGCAGGGCUGUGUCGCCCCGACGGAUUGCUACAAAUCAGCCUCACACCGAGCGAAAUGAUGGUCCUCGCAGCGCACUAUUGCGGUCAGGAGGCCACCGACCGGUCCUGGAUCAUCUCGCUCUCUGACCAGGGAAACAUUGCUGCCUCGUAUUUCCUGGGCCGGGUGCUCCAGGCCGAUACCGUUUACCGCACGGAUAUAACAAGGCCCGAAUUGGAGGCCAUGGGAAACCAAAUGUACCGCCUUUUCGAAAGUUGCGCUCAAGCUGGCCAUUCGAAAGCACGGUAUCAAAUCGCCGAAUGUUACCGCAAGGGCUAUGGAGUCGACCAAGACGAUGCCAAAGCAGCAGAGAUCUAUCGCGGCCUUGCCGUUCGUGGACUCUGUCCGGCUCAAGUCGCCCUCGGCCGCUACUACGAGAACGGCGAAGGAGUCGAACAAGACCUCGAUGCAGCUGUCGAGUGGUUCACCAAGGCCAUCAAUCAAGGAUCCCGCGGUGCUCGACCCCGCGUUGCAUUCAUUCGUGGAUGGUUCUCAUUCAUUGGUCAUGGCGUCGAGCAGAGCGACACCGAUGCCUUCAACCGCUGGCAAGAGCUCGCCGCCGAGCUCGCCGAUCCCGACACCAAGCGCACUGUCGUCCACAUGAUCGGCUGGAUGCACUAUCUCGGCCGAGGGACGCCGCAAAACAAGCAAAAGGGGGUCAAGAUGAUCCGCGAGAAUGCGGCGGAUGAUUUCAUAUUUGGAGAGGACCAGUGUCUGGCCAGCGCUUGGUCGGUGACCGACAAGUCUUCUGCGGCCCGCAAGUUCUUCAAGCUAUGCCGGAUGGGAUCAGAGCGCGACUGGCUUUGCAAACAGCUCAUGGCGACCUGUCUUCUACACGGAGUUGGAGUCGAGCGGAACCACGCCGCGGCUGCAGAAGCGUUUGCAGAGCUGGCCAACCAAGGAUACAGCCCCAGCCAGUAUUUGCUGGGGCACUGUUAUGCCAACGGGAAGGGUGUGCCGAGAGAUGACUCGAAGGCAUUCAGUUGGUACAGCAAGGCGGCCGCCCAAGACGACUCGUACGGGCAGGUUGGAGUUGGUCGCUGCUACGAAACGGGAAGCGGCGUUCCCCGAGACGCCAUCAAGGCCAUCGAGUGGUUCCGCAAGUCGGCCGUGCAAGGCAAUUCCUUUGGGCAGCACAAGCUCGGCAGCCACUACAGAGACGGCUCGGGUGUGGCCCAGGACCUUGAUGCCGCCCUCUACUGGUAUCGCAAGUCUGCUGAUCAGGGAAAUGUUAUGGGUCGGCGCGAUCUCGGCCGACUGCAGAAUCCCUGGUGAACUCGGCAGGCACAAACGGCUCCAGCAAUUCAAAGCAGCAGCUGGGUUUCGAGUGUCGGGUCGCCAGCAGAUCGACCCAUCUCUGGCUGCAGACGGUACGGACGCAGUGGUGGGGACACUGGUAUCAACUCGCGCCUGCAUCAUCAAUACACAUCGACUCCUCACGA